GUGACUCAGUGAAGAUUAGGGAGGACCCCUUAAAGAAGCUAGGUUGGGACAUCGCGCUGAACGCGUCGUUGGCCACAGAGGUGACCUACAUCAACGCGUUCAUCGAAGGUGGCUUCUUGGGAGUGACCGUGUACCUGGAUGAGAAGGAUCCCUUGGGCCCCGAGGGGUGCCAGAUCCUGUCGCGUCUCGGGGGGUACCUCUUUGGCAUGGGCAUCCCGUUCAUUAUAGGAGCUGGCUGGGAUUACACUCCAGAGCAGUUGUCUGACGGGGAUUGGCCAGAGCGUCUUGGAGGAUGCAUCGUCUCAACCUCGGAGCCAACGUGCCGUUCAACAGGGAAGUCUUGGCGCUGCAUUGAUUUCUUCAUUGUCACUAGGGCCCGGCAGAAGGUUGUCAGAGGUGUUCAGAGAAACGAGGCCACAGGUAUCCAGACGCACUGGCCCAUCACCCUCACGUUGUCUGGCCAGCCGCUAGACUCGAAGGUUCGGGUCCUGCGCAGGCCGCGCGCCUUUCCUCGUGACCUCCCUGUCGGCCCUGCACCCGAGCCGCCAGAAUGGUCAGAGCUCAUCUCUGCCGCCAGCUCGCGCGGCUCCCAGCAGCAGUUAGACACUACCUGUUUGGCCUUCUUCCAGAAGAUGGAGGAGGAACUGUUGGAGGCUCACGCCAUCGACCCGCUCGAGCGCCCCAAGUACCGCGGGCGAGGCCAGCCUCCCAAGUUUGUUUGGGCCCCUGCUCUUCGGGUUGCUGGUGGCGCUUAUCCCGUUGGGUCCGCGGAGUCCAGGGGCCGGAGGCAAGUUGCCAACUGGGCUUUCGAGCUCUACCAUAUUUCUAAGAAAGGUGUGUCUUGGGGUGAUGACGAAUGCGUGAGAUUGAUCAACCGACUCAUCAAGGGGCCAGCUCGUCUGCUCACCUGCAAGGCCUGGCAGGGUUGGCUGCCCUCGCUCGACACUCUGUUCUUGUACACUACGAAGGAGUGGCACGACAUGUUUGUUCGGGCCACCAAGCUCGCCAUUAAGUGCGAGUCGCGCUUCAAGAGCGAGCGCGGAGCCAG